GCGGCGGCGGCGCUGGUGGUUUUCGCUAGCGAGCUACCUGCUUUUGGGUUGACUCCGUAGCACUAUGGCGGCCUCGGGCCUCCCGCCGCUCCCCCCGCAGUUCAAGCCCAUCCAGCACUUCCUGAGAACCGCGCAGGAGCUCGACAAGCGGGAGCCUGUGGUGGCCUAUUAUUGCCGUUUGUAUGCUAUGCAGACAGGUAUGAAGAUUGAUAGUAAAAACCCAGAGUGUCGCAAAUUUUUAUGCAAGCUCAUGGAUCAACUUGAAGCUACAAAGAAGCAGUUGGGUGAUAAUGAAGCUAUUACUCAGGAAAUAGUUGGCUGUGCCCAUGUGGAGAAUUAUGCACUGAAAAUGUUUCUUUAUGCAGAUAAUGAAGACCGAGCUGGGCAAUUUCACAAAAAUAUGAUUAAGUCUUUUUAUACCGCAAGUCUUCUAAUAGAUGUCCUGACUGUGUUUGGAGAACUAACAGAUGAGAAUGUUCAACACAGAAAAUAUGCCAGGUGGAAGGCAGCAUAUAUUCAUAACUGUCUAAAGAAUGGAGAAACACCACAAUCUGGACCUAAUGGAAUGGAAGGGGAAUAUGAUGAAAAUGAAGAGGUUGGGUCUCCUGCUCCAUUGAACCCAGGAUCACACUCACCUUCUGCGUUUGAAUCAAGUGAUGUGCCCACAAGCAACUACACGGGCAUACAAAUCCCACCUGGUGCGCAUGCUCCAGCUAACACUCCCGCUGAAGUGCCUCAUAGCACAGGUGUAACAAGCAGUACAAUUCAACCCACACCUCAGAAUAUUCCCAUAGUAGAUCCUUCGCUUUAUAAUGUCCAACCUACAGGGGAAAUUCAUUUGAGUCCCGAAGACUUUGCCAAGGCCCAGAAAUAUUGCAAAUAUGCUGGCAGUGCUUUGCAAUAUGAAGAUGUGAGCACUGCUGUGCAAAAUCUACAGAAAGCCCUCAAGUUACUGACUACAGGCAGAGAAUGACGCCUUUGUCCGCCGGAUUCAUGACUUGCGCUUCAAAAACUUGAACAGUCCAUUACUCCUACCUUCAGCCUGUCGGGGAAACACGGUUGCACAAAAGCUUUUGAUUUCUGUGACAAGAAAACAAAAUCUGUGUCUCUGUUAUCAGAUCCUUCUGUAGUCUAGUCUGGAACUACAGCCUGUCUUCAUUUAUUGGCAGAGAAACAAGAACCAUCUGGGGACAGUGGUUUGAGCAUGAGAUGCCGAAUUCUAGGCAUUUCUUGUCCAGUGUUGCAGAAUGCCCCAACAUUUGAGCUACUCAUACAAAAUACAUUUAAUUUUUAUUUAUUUUAAAAUGAAAAGGGGGAGUUAGUGCGUUUGGAAUAUGUUGGAAGUAUAAAAUAAAAAUAUUUGGAAAUGCAAAAGGGUUUUAAAGUUCAGGUGAUGAUUUUGGAGCAGUAUACCAUAAGAUUGUGAUAUGCCAAAAAGAGGCAGAAGGAGGCUUUUUUGAGGACUAGAAAGGUGUAGGAAGCUGUAAAGAUACUUGAGGCAAAAGCAUCUUAAUGCUGUGUGAUUCCAGCAUUCAUCAAAGCUCUAUGCUGUACUUUGUUUCUGGUUUCUUUCCCCUUUGUACAGUUUAUUUCAUGUAUGAAGAUAAAAGGAAUCAAAGGAAAGAUGUGUCUGAAGUCCAAAAGCCGGCUGCAUCCUGAACUUUGAGACUAUUUGUGUUUAGUUCUGAAUCUUAGAAAGAGGCCAUAGCUAUAACGAAGUAUCUGGAUUUGCUGUUAUUUGGGUUUGGGGCUCUUUUAUUUUCAUCUGUAGCCAUGAGGAAAUUGCUACAUAAAUUUAAGUUUUCAACUAAUAGUAGAUUGUAGACUCCAUUAAAGCAUCUUGCACCCUUUACAUGUGGUGUUGAAUUACUCAUAUAAUGUUAACAGGUGUCUAUGCUUGUUUAAUAAGGAAUAAAAGCCUUUUAGUAUCAAA